CGUACUAUCUCACUCUCUCCUCUGCCCUCCCUCCAUCCCCGUUGUUUCCCUUUCUUUCUCUCUCUCUCUCUCUCUGUUUUUCUCUUUUGAGAUCCUCCUAAACAAUACCCAACACCCUGAAAAGUGUUUGAUGAAGAAAACAACACCUCUAAGGUUCGACUUUCCAAGUUUUUUGAGUACCCAUUUGGAGGUAGGCCUUGUUUUUUCCUUUCUCAGCUAAAAGUUUCCAGCUUUUUUUCCCGAGAAAAUAUUCAGGGAUGGAAACGUCAACUGCAUUGCUGCUUUUAGCAGCGGUGACGGCUUACCUACUUUGGUUCACCUUCAUCUCACGGUCGUUAAAGGGUCCACGUGUUUGGCCACUAUUGGGCAGUCUUCCGGGCUUGAUCGAGAAUUGCGACCGCAUGCAUGACUGGAUCGCCGAUAACCUCCGCGCGUGCGGCGGCACCUACCAGACCUGCAUCUGCGCGGUGCCGUUUCUUGCCAAGAAGCAGGGUCUCGUGACUGUCACGUGCGACCCGAAGAACCUAGAGCACAUACUCAAGACCCGAUUCGAUAAUUACCCUAAGGGACCCACCUGGCAGGCCGUGUUUCAUGAUCUGCUUGGUCAAGGGAUCUUCAACUCUGAUGGUGACACGUGGCUGUUUCAGAGAAAGACUGCCGCACUGGAAUUCACCACCAGGACCCUCCGCCAAGCCAUGGCUCGAUGGGUGAGCCGGUCCAUCAAGCUCAGGUUCUGCCCCAUUCUUGAGUCGGCUCAGCUCAAUGGAGAAGCCGUUGAUCUGCAAGACUUAUUGCUUCGGCUAACAUUUGAUAACAUUUGCGGCUUGGCUUUCGGGAAGGACCCACAAACCUGUGCGCCGGGGUUGCCGGAAAAUGGCUUUGCUUCGGCUUUUGACAGGGCGACGGAAGCGUCGCUCCAGCGGUUUAUUUUGCCGGAGAUUUUGUGGAAGCUGAAGAAAUGGCUGCGGCUUGGCAUGGAAGUCAGCUUGAGCCGAAGUCUAUCCCAGCUGGAUGAGUAUUUAUCCGAUGUGAUCGAUGCACGUAAGCAGGAGUUGCUGAGUCAGCAAAAGAGUGGGAACCCACAUGAUGACUUGGUGUCGAGAUUUAUGAAGAAAAAAGAAUCCUACACGGAUGCAUUUCUCCAACACGUGGCACUCAAUUUCAUCCUAGCUGGACGUGACACGUCAUCCGUCGCUCUCAGCUGGUUUUUCUGGUUGAUCACCCAACACCCAUCAGUGGAAGUGAAAAUCCUGCGAGAAAUCUGUACCGUUCUGAUGGAGACACGUGGACGCGACACGUCAACCUGGGUUGACGAGCCGCUAGCGUUCGAGGAAGCUGACCGGCUCCUUUACCUCAAAGCGGCAUUGUCUGAAACCCUAAGGCUGUACCCUUCAGUUCCUGAGGACUCCAAGCACGUCGUCGCCGACGAUGUCUUACCCGACGGCACAUUCGUUCCUGCAGGAUCAUCAAUCACGUAUUCUAUUUACUCAGUCGGGAGAAUGAAGACCACAUGGGGCGAUGAUUGCAUGGAGUUCCGUCCUGAGAGGUGGUUAUCGGCGGACGGAAAGAAAUUCAUAAUGCACGAUUCUUACAAAUUUGUAGCGUUUAACGCCGGACCCAGGAUUUGUCUGGGGAAAGACUUGGCGUAUUUGCAGAUGAAGUCGGUGGCAGCGGCGGUGCUGCUGAAGCACAAGCUAAAUUUGGCCACGGGACACAAGGUGGAGCAGAAAAUGUCGCUAACAUUGUUUAUGAAAUACGGACUCAAGGUGAACAUUCAAAGCAGAGAUCUAGAAGGAAUUGUGGCCAAGAUUAAGGAGGAGGAAGGGUUGCAGCAGGGUGAGGUUAACAGCGAACUUUGACGGAGAGGGAAAGAAUGUUGCGGUUGGUUUGAGGUAGAUUCAAGGGAUUGUUUGGGUGUGAAUAUUUUCAGGGCACGUGAGAGGCUCGUGCAGGAGACCAUGGAAAUUAUGAUACACAGAAUAUGCCUUCAUCAUAGUAGUAGAUAAAACAGAGGUAUUUUUACAUUAUUAUUCCUUUUACCUUUUCUUGUAGGAAACCUCUGCGAAAAUUGUUUUUCUAUAAAAUUCUUUAUCCUUUUGCUUGUUUUAUGUCUAACCUUUAAUUCUAUUAUAUUAAAUUUGUUAUUACUAAAUAUUUUGAUCUAGUCCAAGUGCCAUGCUACAAUAGGGCACAUAAAUUUCAAUUCAAUUGAAAUGGAAUGUCUUUCUCUUUGAUGUUUAGAAAUAAUAAUAAUAAGAAAAUUUCUUGAAUUUUUAGUUUUCAAGACUGAUGGAGUCAUGGACCAGGGUGUGGGCAUUGGCCAUUGAGAAUUUCCUUUUGUUAAAAAAGUCUAUUGCGUGCAUAGCUCGCCAAGUUAAUCAAUAGACUAAUCUUUUCCUGCUUGAUUAGGCAUUGAUUUUAAUAUUCAUAGCUAAAGUGAGAUGAUGUAUAAUAAAUUCUUAUUAUGGAA